GGGACGUUUUUAGGAACGACUUUGGUAUAGGAGAUUUGUUUUCUAAAGCUUUUUAUCUCGUGACCCAAUCAGAACUUUUAGAAGUCUUCGACGCUAGUUCUCAGUACCUUUCUGACGGAUUUUUAUUGUCACCGGUUGUCACUG